AUGGUUUCAUACAAAUUUUUUUCAAUUGCUAUCAUUGUUGCUUUUUUGGCCACAGCUGCUCAAUCGGCUCCUAGCAACAAUAAUGUCAAUUGUCAAUUCGCCGCCAAAUUUUCUCCUUCUUCUUCUGAAAACGCUAAACUCUACAUCGUCUUAUUAAAAACCUCUACUUCUGCAUCAUCGUCUUCAAAAAAAAAUGCUGCCUUCAAACAUUUUGAAAUGUUGAAAAAGUGUUUAGGAAGAAAAAUUCAAAAAGUCAAUGCAAGCAACUUCUCUGCAAGAUUAGAUGAUAAACAAAUGAUCUAUGAUUUCUCUGUUGAUUCAGAAGUAGUCGGAUAUAAUGGUUACUUUACUCCUGAAGAUGCUAAAAAAAUAGCAAAAUUGGAUGAAGUUUCUGUCGUCGAACAAGAACAGGAAAUCAAAGCAAAUUAUGCUCUUCCAUCUGGAAAUAAUGGCAGGAUAUUCAAAAGAGCCGUUGUUAAUAAUCCAUUAUUCAAUUUGGAUCGUAUCGAUCAAGCUAAUUUUCCACUUGACAAAAAAUACACCUUUCCUGACACAGCUGGUCAAGGCGUAAAUGUCUACGUUAUUGAUACUGGAAUCAAUGUUGAACAUAGCGACUUUGGUGGACGUGCAAAACAUAGUGCUAGUUUUUGUGAAGGAUGUGGCGAUAAAGAUGAUAAUGGUCAUGGUACCCACGUUGCUGGUAUAAUUGGUGGGAAGACUUUUGGAGUAGCCAAGAAAUGUAAUCUACUUGCGGUAAAAGUACUUGCUGCUGAUGGUAGUGGUACAAAUACUGAUUUUGUCAAUGGCAUGUUACAUGUGCUCAGUCAGCAUAAAAAAAGUUCCAACAAAAACACAGUCAUUAACAUGUCAAUUGGCGGAGGUUUUUCUCAAGCUAUCAAUGAUGUUGUCGAAAAACUUACCAAAGCAGGUAUUCAUAUUGUAGUGGCAGCUGGUAAGGAGUCUUCAGGUGCUUGUGAAGUAUCACCAGCAUCUGCGCCAUCUGCUAUUACAGUUGGUGCAACAGAAGAUACAAGUGACCAGAUUGCCGAUUUCUCAAACUCUGGCAAAUGUGUUGAUAUCUUUGCACCAGGUAGUAAUAUUAAAUCUGCCACUUUUGAUGACAACAAUGGUUCAGUUGCAUUCUCCGGAACCAGCCAAGCAACACCACAUGUCUCAGGAACAAUUGCAUUGAUUAUUGCUAAAGAAGGCAACGCAAGUCCAAGUAGUAUGGCUUCAAAACUUAUAAGUCUAAGUACCAAAGAUGUUGUUGAUGGUUUGGAUGAUUCUACACCAAAUAGAUUUUUGCGUAAAAUAAAUACACUUAGAGAUGAACGUGAUGCAGCAAUUGCUAGUAGUGAAGAAGUAAAAAAUGAAAAUAAGAAAGUUCAAGAUGAGCUCACUGCUAAAGAACGAGAAAAUCAUUCUCUUACAAAGAAAGUUGCACAACUUGAGUCUGACCUGGAUGAAGCUCUAAAAAACUUGAAAGAAAUUACUGAAAAUCAAGAGCAUCAUAUUGCUAAACUUGAAGAAGAAUGUACAGAAAAAGAUACACAAAUAGAAGAAAAGAAAAAGGCAUAUGAUGAAUUAAAAAAUGAAUAUGAUGAAACUAUUAAACAUCUUGAUAAUAUUUAA